GUGGUUUGGCGAAAAUACAGCAGCCGCGGAACAUGGCGAGGACAACCAGAUCAAAAGCGAGCGCAUCCGCCGCAAAAUCGAAUUCUAAGCCUGCGAGCACCCCUAAUAUCAAAUCGAAGUACACAUUACCUAAAGAGUCCCUAAACCCACCGAAGCUCUUCAUUCUUCCUACGAAAACUACCAAGGACGCAAGAAUAGUCUCUCUCCCAAAUCCAAGAUAUGGAAAGCCAACGAGGUAUCUCGUAUGUCCAGAAACCGGAAUAUAUGAAUUCACCAAGAUCGCCGCUCCCAAAUCCACUCCCAGAAGUUGGUUAAUAGAGUGCGAGAGUACGGACAAAGUCGAACAAAAGACAUCUGAAGAUAGCGCCGAACUUCGCGCCUAUAUCACAAAAGGCGCUGACCUAUAUAUCGCGACACCAGUCGACCCCAUAUUCCUCCUCUUGCCCGCCUUCGCAGAUCAAUCCUCCAAGACUAAAGACGGGAAGCGAAUGUUUGUAACAAGCGACGAUCACCUCGACUCUAUACGGAGUGAUUCGUCGCACUUAUCAGAGAUAUUGCGAUGGGGCAAGGUACGGACGCUACUAGAGUCGCGGAUGGCAGCGAUAUGCGACACAAAGGAAGCGGGUGACGAAACCAUGUUCCGCUUCAACGAAGAGAAACUCCUAGCUGAAGUACUAGGCAAGGCGCGGAAAAUGAGCGAGCAGCCACUACCGAAGAGUAUGGAAGAUAAGUUCGUGGCCAAGACACUAGAAGCGCCAGUCGUAGGUGUAAAAAGGGAGAACACAACCGGCACCGAGAAAACACCAAUACAAAUAGAACCAUCUGAGCCAACUUCAGGGGCAUCAACCCCCAAGGUCGAAUCGGUUGAUAGCCAAUCUUCCAACUCAUCAACAGAUACCACCACAACCUCCGUCUCAGACGCCCCCACAGCUACCACCUCCGUCGCCGCCGACGAGCCCAGCGCCGUAGAAGAAAUUCCCACACUCCACGCCUCACCCGAAGUUGUGAAACUACAACGGCUACGCAUAGCCUUCGCCUUCAUCUGCUCGGCCUACAUCACACCCGCACAAGCCGCGCUUCUGCAAAAGAAACUGGCAAAUGCAGAUGAAGUAAAGGUGAACUUCGCGCCACUAGACGCGUACCUCACGCAGAUCACCCAGCUGCGGCAAGAAGCCACCGCCGCGCGCGGGAUGGGAGACUACUCGCGCAAGCGGGUGAUGGACGAAGAGGAGAUGGCGGAGCGCGGGGAGAAGAAGCGGAGAAAGGACGAGGAUGAGAAGAGGAAGAAGGCCGGAGAGAGUAGGGGGGUACGAGAUUUAAAGAAAGUAAAUACGGUGGGGAUGAAGAAGAUGAGUGAUUUCUUUAAGAAGAAAUAAGAUAUACCUAGAAAUGAUAAUAAAGAUCGGUCGGUU